UGAUAGAGGCGAUUCCGGGUGCUGCUUGGCUUCAUCUCCGUCGUCUCCGUUCCGUCGUCUCUCUGCAACAGCCCCUUCUUCAGCUAGGAGAAGCACCAAGCUCUGGCUUGGAGGCUAAUCGAGCCUCCCAUGGCGGUAUCGGAGGAAGAGUGCUCGGUAUCGAGGUCUCGCCCAUCCACAUCGGCCUCGCAAAACACUCACUACCUCGCCAAGUGCGUCCUCAGGGGGAGCGCCAUACUCCAGGUCGCGUAUGGCCGGCUCCGCUGGCCUCACUCGCGUGACAUCGUUUUCGGCAAGGAGACAUCCAUAGAACUGGUCAUCAUAGGGGAUGACGGGAUUGUGCAAUCUCUCUGUGAGCAGCCUGUAUUUGGAACAAUUAAGGAUCUAGCCAUCUUAACCUGGAAUGAGAACUUUGAUGCACAAAAUCCGCAGAUGAUAGGGAAAGAUCUUCUGGUGGUGCUCUCUGAUUCUGGAAAGCUCUCAUUCCUCGCAUUUCACAAUGAAAUGAACAGGUUUUUCCCUGUGACACAUGUCCAACUGUCAAAUCCUGGUCAUUCACAGAGUCAGCUUGGAAGAAUGUUAGCCAUUGACUCAACUGGACACUAUAUUGCUGCUAGUGCAUAUGAAGACCGACUGGCUCUUUUUUCUGUCUCAAUGUCUGCUGGCAGCAAUAUCAUUGACCAGAAACUAUACUAUCCUCCGGAAAAUCAAGGGGAUGCUGGUGCUGGAAGCAGCAUACAUAAAACCAGUAUAUCUGGUACUAUAUGGAGCAUGUGCUUUAUUAAUUAUAAUCCUAGAAAAAAUGGUGACCCUGCAUUGGCCAUUCUUUUAAAUAGGAGAAAAGCGAUCCUCAAUGAACUGCUGUUGCUGGGAUGGGAUGUUAAAGGACGCGAUUUAUAUCUUAUAUCUCAGUAUGUUGAAACUGGACCACUGGCACUCAGCGUUGUUGAGGUGCCCCAUCUUUAUGGAUUCGCCCUUUUGUUCAGGGCUGGUGAUGUACUCCUGAUGGAUCUUCGCAAUUCUGAAGACCCAUGUUGUGUUUACAGAACUAGCUUGAAUAUAUUAGCCCCAGCAGUGGAGGAGCUCGAUUUUAUUGAAGAGCCAUGCAGCGGACAUGAUAUAAUUAUUGAUGAUGAAGGUUCAUUUAAUGAUGCUGCCUGUGCAUUAUUGAAACUGAGAGAUCAUGAUCCCAUGUGUAUAGAUGAAGAUAUCACUAACGUGCAAUUAAGUGCCAGAUUUGCAUGCUCAUGGAGUUGGGAACCAGAGAAUGACCGUUGUCCGAGGAUGAUAUUCUGUCUAGAUACUGGUGAAUUUUUCAUGAUUGAAGUUUCAUGGGACUAUAAUAUAGUUGAUUUAUCUGAAUGUCUCUAUAAAGGUUUGCCAACCAAGGAACUUUUAUGGUUAGAAGGAGGGUAUUUGGCAGCAAUUGUUGAGAUGGGUGAUGGCAGCAUCCUGAAAUUGGAUAAUGGAAAGCUGAUCUCGGCAAGUACUAUUCAGAAUAUUGCACCUAUCUUGGACAUGUCACUAGCAGAUUUCCAUGAUGAAAAGCAGGAUCAGAUGUUUGUCUCUUGUGGAGUGGCUCCUGAGGGAUCCUUAAGAAUUAUCCGGAAUGGUAUCAAUGUGGAAAAAUUGUUGAGAACUGCUCCUAUUUAUCAAGGGAUAAGUGGUACUUGGACAUUGAAAAUGAAACUGGCUGAUGCUUAUCAUUCUUUUGUCGUGCUGUCAUUUGUUGAAGAGACAAGGGUACUUUCCGUUGGGGUGAGCUUUACUGACGUGACUGAUUCAGUUGGUUUCGAGCCUGAUGUCUGUACUUUGGCCUCUGGUCUUGUUGGUGAUGGUUUGCUGAUCCAGAUUCACCAAAAUGCAGUUAGGCUUUGUCUGCCCACUAAGACUGCCCAUCCUGAAGGCAUCUCUCUAUCAUCCCCAGUGUGCACAAGUUGGCUAUCAAGAAAUACAAGCAUCAGCAUGGGUGCCGUUGGAAAACAUUUUAUUGUUGUCUCAACCUCUAAUCCUUGUGUUCUAAUUAUUCUUGGGGUCAGACUAUUAUCAGCGUAUAAUUAUGAAAUAUUUGAACUGCAGCAUUUGAGUUUGCAAAAUGAAGUGUCUUGCAUAUCUAUACCACAAAAAUACUUUGAGCAGAAACAAUCAGCUUCUGGCAUCAAUAUGGAUAUCUGUGAAGCUGCAAACCUUCCAUCAGGAGUCCACAUAGAAAGUACCUUUGUCAUUGGUACGCAUAAGCCCUCCGUGGAAGUUCUUUCUCUUUUACCUGAUCGGGGUCUUAGAGUUAUUGCUUCAGGAACAAUUUCGUUAACUAAUACUAUGGGGACUGCAAUAAGCGGCUGCAUCCCUCAGGAUGUGAGGCUUGUACUGGUUGAUCGAUUGUACGUUCUCUCGGGCUUGAGGAAUGGGAUGCUUCUCCGUUUAGAGUGGCCGACGGCUUCGUGGAUGUUAUGUAGUGAACUAUUUCAUCCAAGAUCUUCUAUGAGUUCCUAUGCAAAAACAGAUAGGGCUACAUUAGGCAUGAAGCUCUCAAAUUCUUCUGACCGACAGAUACCCUCUCUUAAUUUAUCUGGGCAGAUAGAGGAAAGUAGACCCACUGAUCUUCAACUAAUUGCCACUCGUCGAAUAGGCAUAACUCCUGUUUUUCUGGUUCCUUUAAGUGAUGCACUGGAUGCAGACAUUAUCGCUCUCAGUGACAGGCCCUGGUUAUUGCAAACCGCAAGACAUAGCCUCUCUUAUACUUCUGUAUCUUUCCAACCUUCAACCCAUGUAACUCCUGUGUGUUCAGCUGAAUGCCCUGGCGGAGUCCUAUUUGUUGCAGAGAACAGUCUGCAUUUGGUGGAGAUGGUGCACAGCAAGAGACUUAAUGUCCAGAAGUUUCACAUUGGAGGAACUCCUAGGAAGGUCUUAUAUCAUUCUGAAAGCCGGCUCUUGCUGGUGUUGAGGACAGAAUUGAGUAAUGAUUCAUGCUCGUCAGAUAUAUGUUGUGUUGACCCACACAGUGGAGCAGUACUGUCAGCUUUUAAACUUGAACCUGAGGAAAUCGCCAAAUCCAUGGAGUUAGUGAAGGUUGGAAAUGAGCAUGUUGUGGUAAUAGGCACCAGUCUCUCCUCCGGUCCAGCUAUAAUGCCCAGUGGGGAGGCUGAAAGAGCAAAAGGCCGACUUAUUGUGCUCUACCUUGAGCAAGUUCAAAGUACCGAUGGUAGUUCUGUGACAUUCUGUUCAAAGCCGGGCUCCUCUUCUCAACGCACUUCACCUCUUUGCGAGAUUGCUGGUUAUGCCACUGAGCAUCUUUCAGCCAGUAGUUUCUGCAGUAGCCCUGAUGAUGCCAGUAUUGAAGGUAUCAAACUUGAAGAGAAUGAAGGAUGGCAGUUGCGAUUGGCUUAUGCGACCGAAUGGGCAGGAAUGGUGCUUGCCGUAUGUCCUUAUCUGGAUCGAUACUUCUUGGCAUCGGCUGGCAAUGCCUUUUAUGUUUGCAGUUUCGCAAAUGAUAAUCCCCAAAAAGUGAAGAGACAUGCCGUGAGCAGGACACGGUUUAUGAUAACAUCUUUGCGAUCAUAUUUUACCAGGAUUGCUGUUGGUGAUUGCCGUGAUGGUAUCCUUUUCUAUUCUUAUCACGAGGAAGCCCGGAAACUAGAGCAAGACUACUGUGAUCCAUCGCAAAGGUUAGUUGCUGAUUGCACUCUUAUGGAUGCUGACACUGCUGUUGUUUCGGAUCGGAAAGGGAGCAUUGCCGUUCUGUCUUGUCCGGACCGCACAGAAGAUAAUGCGAGUCCAGAAAGUAAUUUAACAGUGAGCUGUGCCUAUUACAUGGGAGAGAUUGCGAUGAGCAUCAGGAAGGGCUCCUUCUCUUACAAACUUCCAGCUGAGGAUGGUCUGAGGACUUCUGAUGGCCCUUUAAUGAACAUGAGUUCGAUGCAGAACAUAAUCAUUGCAAGUACAUUAUUGGGAAGCAUUAUAAUCCUUGUUCCAAUAUCAAGGGAAGAACACCAACUCUUACAAGCCGUGCAAGCUAAACUUGCCAUUCAUCCUUUGACCGCUCCUGUUCUCGGGAAUGAUCACAAUGAGUUCCGAAGUAGUGAAAAUUUGGUGGCAACACCCAAAAUACUUGAUGGCGACAUGCUCAGUCAGUUCUUGGAACUCACAAGCAUGCAACAAGAGGCCGUACUCUCACUGCCCCUCUCCUCUCCAGAUACGGUGAAAUUGAAUUCACAGCCUUACUCUCCUAUUUCAGUCAACCAAGUCGUGCAAAUGCUUGAGCAAGUUCACUAUGCUCUUAACUAGGAGUGUAUUGAAUGGGCAAACAUAAAAUGGUAUUGUAAUCUAAGCUGAUGUUCUUAACACGGGCGACGAGUGAGAUGCCGAUAAUGGUAUAAAUGAGUAAUGUGAGAUAUGCAAAGGUUCAGGUUUGGCAUUCUGUCUACUUACGCUGCUGUAUCACUGUGUAUCUUCAAUGUAUAUAGUGGACAAACUUUGGAUGGAAUUUCAGUAAAGAUUCCAACUUUCUUUCAAGGCCCUUGUUGGUAAAAGGGCAUGAAAGUCCCACCGAUAAUCGAAUUCAAAACUUUCUAGUUGCAA